UAUUUGGUCCGUUUAUGUUUAUUGUUGCUGAAUGUCAUCCGUCAAGAAUGCCUACUUUUCCAACUUCUUCGGAUUCCCCAUUCUUCUAGUGAUUUUGAUGUAUCGAUCUCGUUAAGUUUGGUGUUUUUUUCUUUUACUACCUUCUAUCUCAAGUUGCUUUUUGUUGGUGAAGAUUUCUGUUAAGUUUAGGAAAGCAAUCUCUACCAUUGGUUCACUAUUAGCCGAAUCUAGCGAAGCCCUUGUUCUGCUGCAUUUCAUGGUCAUAUUUUUAAGGUCUUAAGUUCAAGGAUUAGGGCUGGGAUUUUAUUGUUGGCAGCUUGGAGGUGGGAGCUUGCAUUAUGGUGACAUUAAAAGUGGAGGGCUCCAAGCAGUAUUGGGCUACAAGCAGUCUUGUUCUUGGUUAUGCUCUUUGCUCAAGCCUCCUUGCUGUAAUCAACAAGUAUGCCAUCACAAAGUUUAGCUUCCCUGGUUUACUGACUGCCCUUCAGUAUCUUACAUCUGUGCUGGGUGUUUGGAUUCUUGGGAAAUUGGGGUUUCUUUACCAUGACCCAUUUUCUGUUGAAACUGCUAAGAGAUUCCUCCCUGCUGCGCUUGUUUUCUUCCUGGCGAUCUUUACAAAUACGAACCUCCUCCGCCAUGCAAAUGUGGAUACCUUCAUCGUCUUUCGGUCAUUGACACCCCUCCUGGUUGCUAUUGCUGAUACUGUAUUCAGAAGACAGCCAUUGCCAUCUAAGUUUACCUUUGUGUCGUUGGUGAUAAUAUUUUCUGGGGCUGUUGGGUACGUUGCCACUGAUUCAGCAUUCACAGUUACUGCAUACUCAUGGGCUGUGGCUUACUUGGUUACAAUCACAACAGAAAUGGUGUAUAUCAAACACAUGGUCACAAAUCUUGGAUUGAACACUUGGGGCUUUGUUUUCUACAACAAUUUGUUGUCAUUGAUGAUGGCACCUUUGUUCUGUAUCAUAACUGGAGAAUAUAAUGAUGUUUACAUGGCUGUUAAUGGAUUGGAGACGCGCUCUUGGGUAAAGCCCGGAGCCUUCUUAGCAGUGUCCCUGUCUUGUGCAUUUGGCCUAGCCAUCAGUUUCUUUGGAUUUGCAGCAAGGAAAGCAAUCUCUGCUACUGCGUUUACUGUGACUGGUGUUGUCAACAAGUUCCUUACAGUGGCUAUCAACGUUUUGAUCUGGGACAAGCAUGCAAGUCCAGUUGGUUUGUUAUGCUUGCUUUCCACACUUCUAGGAGGGAUUCUAUACCAGCAGUCUGUGACUGGAGGUCCCCCUCCACAGCGAGGGACAGUGGCAUCCAAGCAGGCAGAUGUCACUGAUAACCAUGGUGAAGGUGAAUCAGAUGAUGAAGAAAAGAGGUUGUUGAGCGAGUAAACCUUCUGGGUUUAAUCUAGUACGAUCUCAACAUAGAAAAUUCUUGGCUCUAUGCGGCUAAGGAUUCAUCUGAUGUGAAGUCUUAGCUCCCUUUUAGGUCACAACUGACUUUGAGUUGCAGACUGUAGGAGGUUGUAAUGAAGUCUCAACGUUCUUCGAUCAGCAAUAAUAUAUACUAUAUUAUGGAUUAGUCAGUGUCCUCUUGCUUUAUUCUUGCUUAAAUUGUUGUCUGAGAAUUUGCCCAUGCAGGAAUUCAUCAGUGUUCUCUUGCUUCAUUCUUACCCAAGUUGUUUGGGAAUUUGGAUGUGCAGGGAGAUGGGCACAUUUUGAUCUCCUUGAAAUAGUUCUUUCUUUUCCAUUUUUUUUCUUCUGUCAUGUAGGCGUUUGUAAAUGUAGCAAACAUACAAUAGUUUGUGGAUAAAUGCUUUAUGCAGAAAGAUUGAGAACUACAAUGUAUUGAAGUUCUUCAUUGUC